AUGAUGUCCCUUAAAGCCCACGAACCGAUGGGGAUCGUUUUGUCGGCGGCAGCGGUGCUUCCACCGGCUUGGACGGGGCAGCUGCUGUUCCGGACCGCGGCUGGCGCUGAAUUCAGUCAAGUUUGCCAGGCUGACUUCUACGCUCUCCUUGCGGGGGUUUUCCAGUUCGCGCUGCUGUCGGCUGUUUCGGCGUGGCGGAUGCCCACGGCGAAGUUUCCGCUGCCGUUGGUGCUGGGGGCCGUGCAGGGAAUGGGGCACCUGGUUGGAGUUUUACUGGUCCCGCUCAUCAUGGAGACGCCCAUGCAGGAUGCCAUGGUGGUGGAGAGCCUUGUUCUGCCGAUCUUUGCCUUUCUCCUUGUCGGUGCCAGCGCGCAGCUGACCUGGGGCGUGCGCUUCCAGGUGGACGAGGAUUCCAGCACCUUGGCGGCGCUGAGGCGGCUCCAGCAAGUGAACUGGAAGCACCGCGGUCAGGAUGGGGAGCCCAACAGAACGGGCACGGGUCCAAUCGUCGGGGUGCUCAACCACUACGAGGAGACCAUCCAUCAGGUGGAGGCCGUGUUGGAUGCGAUAAGCAAGCGGCCCAAGAUGUCCAAGGAGGUGGUCUCCGAAUUCGGGGUGGCCUUGCACAAGAUUAAGGGGACGCUGACGUCGGGAAAACUUUUUAAGACGGAAGUCAUGGCACCGAGAUUCGAGCUAAGCCCGCCGAAUCCCGGGAUUUGCCCUGUGUUGCCAUCGCUGAGCGAUAGCUCUUUGCGCGAGCAGCUGAGGCAGGUGAGGUCCAUGGUCGACAACGAGCCGGUGGAGCACAUCAAGCCUCGGCUAUCGACUGGGUCGGAGCACGUGGAUCAAUCAGAGUCGCUUCUCACCGACGAAUUGCCGGGCAAUGUUUCGGAUGGGAACAAGAAGCCAGUCAAGUCCAGCAACCGCCUGGGUCCGCACCGGAGUCGCUCGGGGCCUGGGCAGAGCUCAAGCUAUGAGCGCUCAAACCGAUCAAGUGGUUCGAUGCGCAUCGACGAUCAGCUGGGCUUCCUGGCGCAGCUCCACCGAGGUCGUUUCAACGACAACAUGGAGGCGGAAGACAACGAGAUGCCAGAGCCGAUGAACAAGAAAGAUACUGCUUUCCUGGGUCGGUGGAAGUUUGACGCCUACGCUUUCGAACGCCAGCACGGCAACGCGCUGCUACACGCCGGCUUCACUGCGGGCGCCGAGUUCCUCUCGGAGGCCGGUGUCUGCAAUUAUCAGCUGGUCUUGAGGGGCUUCCUCCAAGACGUGCAGAGACAGUACCGUGACGUCCCGUACCACAACUACAUCCAUGCAGUGGAUGUGCUGAGCUCCUGCAUGUACUUCAUGUUCGAGGACCGGCGCGUCAGUCGCCUGCCGCUGUCCCCGAUCCCCCGGCUGGCAGGUUUCGUUGCAGCUGUGAUUCAUGAUGUCGGUCACUUCGGGAGGACCAAUCGGUAUCACAUUGCUCGCCACGAUCCUGUGGCCAUUUUGUUUAAUGACCAGUCCCCUCUGGAGAACAUGCACUGCACCAUCGGUUUCAGCAUCCUGCAGCAGCCGCACGCGGCCCUCUUCAAGCGGGAAAAGGAUCAGGAUGGUGUCAACGAGUGUACAGGCUUGCCGGAUGCAGACUUUGCGCUAUUGAGGCGAAUCGUGGUGGAGAGCGUGCUAUCGACGGACAUGGCGAAGCACUUUGAAACUUUGGCCAGGUUCAAAGCCUCGAUCAACUUCUGCGAGUCCCCUGCAGACCACUCCCGGUCCAACGAGGAGGCCCCGAUUUUCUCGGAGUCCUUGGCCGACAGAUCUGCCAGGGUGGUCUCUGUGUACCUGAAGGCAGCAGACAUCGGCCAUGCAGGGAAGCCCACAGACAUCACGAAGCGGAUGACCAUCCGCAUCCAUAUGGAAUUUUUCGCGCAGGGCCACGAAGAGCGGCAGCUUGGCCUGCCGAUCUCACCCCUCUGUGACCGGAACGACGUGAACAUCCCGAGUUCCCAGGUGGGUUUCCUCCGCCAUCUCGUGAUUCCCCUGUAUCAGGCUGUCCACUUCUACAUAACCAGCGACGACCUCCUGAGCGACUGUCUCAACCAACUCGAGGCAUACCUCAGCAAUUGGCAGUCUCCGACUCCCUGUGUCGUGAAUGCAGAUGUGCCAGAAGUCCUCUCUGACGACGAAGGGCCUGGAGGGGCAGACUCCUGUGCAGUCUCCUCUUUCGGGGUGGGCGUCUUCCCACAGGAGCAGAUAGUCAAGCUCAUCAACGGGUCAAACGCCUGA